AAGUGAUGUCUGAGCAACAGUAAACAUAAAAACUUCUGAGAUUAGAAAAUCGAUGUGUCGUUAAUUGUAUAUUUAUUUGACUCCUCAGGGCGCGUAAUCAGUGUUUUGCGCUCCUUGGAGGACAGGUUUCGUUGUACAAGGCAAUAGUAAUCGUCAAAGAUUGACUCCGUGUGGGGCUGGGCUUCGCCCCCGCUGCGUUUGCAGCUGGGUAACGCGCGUGGGCACAAGAGGAUGGGUGAAGGCGGGUCGCCGGGCGGCGGCGCUCGGCUAUCCCACACGUCCGAGAAGCACCCUCGUGCCAUACUCGGCGAGUUAUCAGCCCUGCGCCGCCACAGAGAGCUAUGUGAUGUGGUUCUCAAUGUUGCCAACAGAAAGCUAUUUGCUCACAGGGUGAUCCUGUCUGCAUGCAGCCCGUACUUCCGCGCCAUGUUCACGGGAGAGCUGGCGGAGUCACGCGCCACUGAGGUCACCAUCCGGGACGUGGACGAGCAGGCGAUGGAACAGCUCGUCGAAUUCUGCUACACCGCACAUAUCGUAGUCGAGGAGAGCAACGUUCAGGCGUUGCUCCCGGCGGCGUGCCUUUUGCAGCUGCAGGAGAUCCAGGACGUUUGCUGCGAGUUCCUCAAGCGUCAGCUGGACUGCUCCAACUGUCUCGGUAUCAGGGCAUUCGCCGAUACUCACUCCUGCCGGGAGUUACUCCGUAUCGCAGACAAAUUCACACAACAAAACUUUCCUGAGGUGAUGGAAAGCGAAGAGUUCCUCCUGCUGCCGGCGGCGCAGCUGAUCGAUAUAGUGUCCAGUGACGAGCUGAACGUCCGCUCCGAGGAGCAAACCUUCCAGGCCGUCAUGUCCUGGGUCAAGUACAACGUGGCCGAGCGGCGGCAGCAUCUGGCGCAGGUGCUGCAACACGUGCGGCUGCCGCUGCUGAGCCCCAAGUUCCUGGUGGGCACGGUGUCCUCGGAGCUGCUGAUCCGCUCCGACGACGCCUGCCGCGACCUGCUGGACGAGGCCAAGAACUACCUGCUGCUGCCCCAGGAGCGGCCGCUCAUGCAGGGCCCGCGCACCAGGCCCAGGAAACCCACCAGAAGAGGCGAGGUGCUGUUCGCGGUGGGCGGGUGGUGCUCGGGCGACGCCAUCGCGUCGGUGGAGCGGUUCGACCCGGCCAGCGCCGAGUGGAAGAUGGUGGCGCCCAUGUCCAAGCGGCGCUGCGGCGUGGGCGUGGCCGUGCUGCACGACCUGCUGUACGCGGUGGGCGGCCACGACGGCCAGAGCUACCUCAACAGCAUCGAGCGCUACGACCCGCAGACCAACCAGUGGUGCGGCGCCGUGGCGCCCACCUCCUCGUGCCGCACCUCCGUGGGCGUGGCCGUGCUGGACGGCGCGCUGUACGCGGUGGGCGGCCAGGACGGCGUGCAGUGCCUCAACCACGUCGAGCGGUACGACCCCAAGGAGAACCGCUGGAGCAAGGUGGCCGCCAUGACGACGCGGCGGCUGGGCGUGGCCGUGGCCGUGCUGGGCGGGCAGCUGUACGCGGUGGGCGGGUCGGACGGGCAGGCGCCGCUGAGCUCCGUGGAGCGCUACUGCCCGCGCGCCAACCGCUGGCAGCCCGUGGCCGCGAUGGCCACGCGCCGCAAGCACCUGGGCGCCGCCGUCUACGACAACCACAUCUACGCCGUCGGCGGCCGCGACGACUGCACCGAGCUGUCCUCCGCCGAGAGAUACGAGCCGAGCACGGACUCGUGGUCGCCGGUGGUGGCGAUGACGUCACGCCGCAGCGGCGUGGGCCUGGCCGUGGUCAACGGGCAGCUGUACGCCGUGGGCGGGUUCGACGGCACCGCCUAUCUCAAGUCCAUAGAGGUGUACGACCCGGAAUCGAACCAGUGGCGGCUGUGCGGCGCCAUGAACUACCGGCGGCUCGGCGGCGGCGUGGGCGUCAUGCGCGCGCCGCACCACGACUACCACUACAUAUGGUACACCCACACAGCCCGCUACCAUCCCCACUCCCAUUCCCACAUACCACUCGUCAAAGCUUCGACAUCACUAUUAAAGAAUAUCACUAUUCAUACAGUUUAGUCGUACAACUGACCGUCAGGAUUCGGGAUAGAAAAUUAACGCCGAUUAAAUUCACGCUACGCCUCUUUAUAUAAUCGAUGGAAUGAGGAAGUAUUUAAAAAAAAACAUUAGUUCCCGAAACCAAACUAGAUGUCGCCACGGUACGGUCUUGAUUUCUCCACCAUAACCAUUCCGGUUUUCUUUCAUGUUUAAAAGUGAAUUAGUUUUCAAAACUUAAUAAACAACUCAUAUUCUAUUUGUACUUUUUCGUAUUUGUACUUCGUAUUUGUAUUAAUAUCUAAGUUUCGAACUUUUCAAAUUUCAGUUGUUUAAUAUGUUAGUUAAAAGGAACGGAAAUUACUGUCUUUGGUCCAUUCGUUUUCUGCAAAUAUCAACUUUUGCUAGAGCCGCCAUCUAGACGAGGUGCUUUCGUUUUUUUUAAAUACUUC